CGAAAAAGGGGAUUUCCCUGAAUUCAACAUAUACCUCAAUGGUCUAUCAUGGACGAUCUUCAGAACUCGUAUGCCGACGUGAAAACAACAUGUGUAGGCCUAUACUGUGAUAGUUGUUCUUAUGGGGACACUGUGCAAUGCAGGCCUUCGUCUUAGAAAGCCUUUUAGCUACCUCGCUAGCAAUUAAUAUAUUUGUAGCCAUGUAUUGCUCUAUGGUUUUCGUCUUGGACAUUUCUAUUGGAAAAUUCUCCGAUCGCAUUUCGUUCGCUUUGCUGAGAUUACACGAUGAGCGGCCAUGGUAUCUACCGCGAUACAUCGUGCUAUCGCUGGGAAACGUGGCGUUAUUCCUGUCAGGCAUCGUGAUGCUGUGUGCAACAAGUGUAGUUCAGGCACCGUUCCGUGAUUUUCCACGUUCCGUUCAAAUAUGUUUUGCUAUCAUGGUUGGCUUCUACAUAUUCAAGGCACUUCUCGACACUAUUCACUACAACCACUUCACCGCCUACGGAAUACACACAGUGCACCAUCUACUGACGAUUACGUUAUAUAUGGUGUUUCUACUUGAGAGACAAAACGGUCUAUGUGGGGUCCUGGGCUUAGUGUUCCAGGCUGAUUCCGUAUUUAUCGACACCUCAAAACUGUUAAGUGGCAUGGAUAAGGAUGAAAAUGAACUCGUUAAUUUUACGUGGAUAAAUAAAUACACUGGAGCCACUGUAACGUUUUCAACUAGACUUAUCCUGCCAGCUACAUUAAUAUUCUUAUCAUUUACAAAAAAUAGUAUAUUUACAAUGGAUCUUAUCGUUGUAAUGUUCUAUUUCUUAAGUUUAGUAUUUUUUACUAUAUGGAAUUUGCUGAUGUUCCGCAAUGCAGUCAUGGGUUGUGUUCGUUAUUCUCAUAGACUGAAGACCAUGACGUUUCAAAGAGCCAUUGAAGGUCAUUCGGACGCUUGUUACCGGCAACCUGGGAGCCAAACGUCAGAUAGUCGAUUGAGGGUGAAACACAAUGAUUUGAGACGUCUGGCACCGUGUUCGAACACCAACAUAGCGACAACGCGAAAACAACGUGAUCGUUUGAAUAAUCUGAAAACCCCCCAAAAAAUUCCAAUAUCAGAUGCGAUAGGGCAACUGCAUACAGGUGAACCUUCACAGUCGCACCAUGUGUUUGAUAGAGACCGGUGGUCACGGGGGCGGUCGAUCCAAGUGGACCGCCGGAGUUCUAGCGAAUAUGACCCACCUUCAACUAUAAGCGAUGUUGAAGAAAAUGCCGUUCGCUUUGGCGAAAAAUAUCCGCAACGUCUAGAUACUAUAUCGUGGUCAACAUCUGAGAAUUCUGGAAAUCAUUUUCUAUCGGACGCCGGACAAGGGGUUACUUCGCAAAACUAUGUUCUAGACGGGGGACAGGCUGUUAUUUUUAAUACAGUUACAGAUAAUGUGUACUAUCGUCAUUCGAUUCCACCAAACAUGUAUAAUAGUUAUGUGCAUCUUGAUGGUAAUGUUUAUCUCGAAAGAAGGGAAGAGAGUCGACCAGGGCCCUCUGACUCGACUGAAUAUAGACAUAGUCGACAGCCACAUCCAGAAUCUCACAAAAAGGGUGAAGUUAAGGACACACAGCAGCAACAAAGCCACACAGAUGCCAUGGGGCUAACUGCAAGUGAGGCAAGACUGACCUCCCAACUUGCCUACACUGACAAUACAACUGAAGUCCGUUCACCUUGCAGUAAAACUGUACUAGAAGGAACUUAUUUACCGAAUAGUAUACAACGGAUUCAUAUUCCUGAUAUGUCCGCCUAUCCGCAAUUUGGUGAAAACCAGAGUAUAUGAUAAUGAUACUUCAUUGUUCAUUUUUUUGGCAAUAAUAUCCUUGUUGUAAAGUUGUACUUUCCUGAGCUGAUGUCAUAAAUAGUUUUGAGCCCGCAUUACAAUAAACAUCCUCAAUCUCUUGACAUGUAUUAUACUAUGCGGCACAUAAGCACAGUUUAUAAUUUUGCGGUAAUAUGCCACUAAUUCUCAAUUGGUUCACUGAAAAUUGGCAGUAGUGACUGGCUCAAGACUAAAUUGUGCUUGUGUGCACGUUGGUCGCUAGGCCUAUGCCCAAGUCUAUAAUGACGUCAUCAGCUCAUCAAAGAAAUAUCUAAUUUAAUCUUUUCUAGAAAAUAUAACUUGAAGAAACAAAACAUAAUUUUGCGUUUCCUAGAUAUAGGCCUGUCUCUGUUGUUAUUUAUGUCCAUAAAGAAAGAAGAGUGCCGUUAACUCAACAAAAGAAAAGAUUAUUCUGUUACAAGUUUCUCCAAUAAAUUGUGAGCGUCAUA